GCCUGGCUACGCUCCGUCGCAGCACCGCCCCCUUGUGGGACGCUAUAAACAGCUGCAAGGGAAACCCGGCUGUCUUCUUCUGUCGCACUUGUGGCGGAGUUGGUGGGGAGCCCUGGGAGAAAGAGUUUCUGAAGCAGCUGGUGGCCGCGCGCCCAGACUCAAAAUGCCAAACUGGGGAGGUGGCAACAAGUGCGGGGCCUGUGGCAGAACAGUGUACCAUGCAGAAGAAGUUCAAUGUGAUGGGAAAAGCUUCCACAAAUGCUGCUUUCUUUGUAUGGUCUGCCGGAAAAACUUAGACAGCACAACAGUAGCCAUCCAUGACGAAGAGGUCUACUGCAAAUCAUGCUAUGGAAAGAAGUAUGGUCCAAAAGGCUAUGGCUAUGGCCAAGGAGCAGGCACUCUUAAUAUGGACAGAGGGGAGAGGCUGGGCAUCAAGCAUGACAAUGCACCUUUUCACCGACCUACAACAAGUCCAAAUACUUCAAAGUUUGCCCAAAAAUUUGGAGGAGCAGAGAAAUGUUCCAGGUGUGGUGAUUCUGUGUAUGCAGCCGAGAAAGUAAUAGGAGCUGGAAAGCCUUGGCACAAAAACUGCUUUCGCUGUGCCAAGUGCGGGAAAAGUCUUGAAUCAACAACUCUGACAGAGAAGGACGGUGAAAUCUAUUGCAAAGGUUGUUAUGCGAAGAACUUUGGCCCCAAAGGAUUUGGCUAUGGGCAGGGAGCUGGUGCUCUGGUUCACGCUCAAUGAUUCGUUAGUGCCAUUGCACUGAAAUGGUUCUAUAGUUACAACUUAAAUGCCACUGAUUACUGUGAAACUGAUAACUAGUGUCCUAUGCCGUUGCUUGUCUUAAAGUAUUGCAUUUUCUCAAGCCUUAAAAGCACACUUUUUACAUGCACUGUCAACUGGGUUCAGAAAAGCUUUGUGUUUCGAAAGGCGCCCUGGAGAAAAUUGUUCUGUUUCUACUGCCUACAGAUCUGCAUCUAUAUAUUGCUUUACCUGCAACAUUUGAAGCAUGGUAGGAGUUGCUUGCUGCCUAAACAAACACUUCAUCAGAUAAUGGGAAGACUGGGAGUAAAAAGCAUGUAAAUCCAUUAUAGCCAAGUCUGACAUUGUAGAUUUGCAGUAGCCCUGCUCAGGCAUUAACCUUCCCAAUUAUGCUCAGUUGCAUGUUUAGAUCUCUACUCUGGCUAUUCUAAUUAAUGGUAUCCUAAAGAGAGACUUGAGGGGAAAAACAUGGCUUGACUCACAAGGAAGUUCCCUCCCCUCUCCUUCGCUAUUCCUAUUUCAGCUGCACGGGAAGUGGUUGGAUGGAGCACAGGGGGAACUCUAUGAACUCAAGUUUACUAUAAGAUCCAAGUCUAUGAUAAAUACUGCGGUUAUGAGAACAUUAAGAGUCUGGAGUAACUUCUAGAAAGCCUCAUAUCUUGUUAUUACUGUUUGAAUACUGAUGUUCUGAAUUGCUUGUAGUUAGCCCUACAACUAGUGCUGCUCUAUCCAUAAUUGGCCAUUUUAGAAUAUACACAGUAACAAAAAUGUCAUUUGUGAUUCAGACUUCUGCAAAGGGACCAGCACUUCCAACCAAUUACUAGGGUAUCUUCAAGAUUGUGGAUGAGGCAGUUCAUCAAGGCACUAAUUUCUGGGGACAGGGGAAGAAGCAGACAGGACAGUAACUAGAAAGCGUAGGGAAACGUAAGGUUUCACUUGUUAAGCAGUUUAUUCUUGUGUUGUAGACAAAAACCAUUUUUGUCAGAUUUUAUUCAUUUGGUAACUUGUUCCUAUAUCCCUGCUCCAUAGUAGACUUGACUACAGAGAUUUUAGACACCUAAGUAUAUAUGAACUAUGGGCUUUGCUAUUUUUGCAGAAUGAACUGGGAUAAUGAACAUCUUAUUUCAAGCCAAGAUGCUAUUUUGCUUUGUUAACCAUGCGAGUUUGCUUGGUAUGCUUAUGUACAUGUGGGUCAUUUUGAAAUUUCUGAAGCAAGGAUAAAGUAUGCAUGUCUCAACAAUAAAUGGUUAGGCUGCCAAAGAAAUGACUUCAUAUC